UAAACUGGAAAGAACCAAGAAUACCGUUCAAAAUCACUUGCUUGUUCAUUUAUUAGGAAAUAGUGUAUUAUAUUACCUAUGCGAGAAGUACCACUUUUACAUUCGGAGUAUAAGAAUAAGUAUAAAUAUAAGUUUUUUUGCUACUACCUAACACGAAUAUUUGCCCAAAUUGAUUUAAUUAGAUUUUGAAUUUCCCGCCAAUUUUCUGACGUAUCGCAAUAUUUGAUGGCCUGACGUUCAGUUGUCAAACUGACAAACUGUCGCAAUAAAAUCUAUCGGUCCCCAGAAAACAGAAAAAGUUCUACGAAAAAUUUCCGGGAAAAGUGAAAAAUUAGUGAACCUUAAAGUGAUUAGAAGUGGAAAUGGAUGGAAUCUCACCACUUGAACUUAGAGAAAGCUGAAAUGGUUCCUUUGCGACUGGAGCAAGUUGCCGGUUUUAAAGAGAGGACAAACGAUGUAGUCUACUGCAAACCGCUGGUCGAUUCGUCCUCAACCAAAGUGGUGAUUUUCUUCCCUGGGGAUGUUCAAGAUUAUAUCGAAAACAUGGAAGCGAACCACGACGUCGAAAUUUACAAAAAAUGGAACUUGGAAUCCUGCGCCUCAGAUUUGCAGAAUAAGUUUUCUGAAUGCCACAUUCUAGUCAUCAGGCCAUGCAAGUUGCACUGUAAAAUGAUCAGUUGUUUUGGAAACUUUGUCACCAGCAGCGAAGACGGGGUGCCCACAUAUACUCCCAAUUAUGACUCCUUCAGACACUUGAAUCGUUUGUUAAAAGGUGUCGAAGAAAGAUUAGUUGGGCAGUCCAAUGAAGGCAGCUCGAGCGAAGAAUGGAAUAGCCAGCAAAAGCUAAACUUAUUACAGCUCGAUUUGAUUAUUAUUGGAUUCAGCAAAGGCUGCGUGGUAUUGAACCAGUUUCUCUACGAAUUGCACCAUUUCAAAAGUAACGAAUUCGACGAGGAAGUCGAUGCUGUAACUGGCAGGAUUCGCGACAUGUUCUGGUUAGAUGGGGGCCAUUCUGGGGGCAAAAAUACCUGGGUGGUUGACGAAAACGUGUUAAAGACCUUGAGUCUAGCUGAUAUAAAUGUGCACGUUGUUGUGACUCCUUAUCAGAUUGAGGACGUUAACCGGCCCUGGAUACAAAUAGAGGAAAAUCUAUUUUCCACUCGACUCCUAGAAUAUAAUUGCAAACUGGAACGCAAACAGCAUUUUAUGAAUAGUUGCCCGACCCUUCUCAACCACUUUCGAUUGCUUAAUGUUUUUGAAAGAUCGGCAUAAAGCCAAGCAUCAAGCAACCUUAAUCAGCAGUAACUGUUACGUAUUUGGAUUGAUACGUAAACGGUGCCUGCAGUUGUUUAUAUGAUGCAAUUUCGGGAAACUGAAGAAAUUGUGUCUGGUUUUAUCGAACCACGCAGGAGUCUCAAGGAAGACAGCGGAGAACAUGAAGGUAAGGAUUGAUUGGAAAUGCGCAAAGUCGUUUGGCUUAAUUUAUCCUGAUGCGCCGCUUGGUGGAUCUAGCGAUAAACCCUUAAAUUGCUGGACUGUUUUCGAUAAAAAAUCAUUUUUGAGCGGGUACUCAAAAACGAAGCAGACGCCAUACCAAGCGAGUGUUUGUGUAAUCUUGACUUUUUAUGGCGCAUCCUCCAUUCCGUCCAAUAUGCAUAUAAAAUACUCUAAACAGGGUUUUACUGACUAGUGUAGUAAUUCCGAUUGAAUGUGGUUAAACCAAGUACCUAGUUAAUUUUUUUUGGAAUUAGGUUUGUACAUAACGCAAAAUAAUAAAAAUAACAUAAUUAUCAA